AUGGCGAUAAUGGAUACCAAAACAGCCUCUCCGGCAGAGUAUUCGCCCUCAACCUUCCCCCACGAUCAGGAAGCAGACGCCGGCCUCUUCGACCCAAACACAGGCGUGAAACGCGGUCUCAAAACCCGCCAUCUGUCCAUGAUGGCUCUAGCCGGCGUGAUCGGCCCUGGUCUCCUCGUCGGCUCCGGCGGCGCCCUCUCCAAUGGCGGCCCAGCAUCUUUACUCAUCGGUUUCGGCAUCAUUGGCAUUCUUGCAUUCAGCAUCAUGCAAUCCCUGGGCGAAAUCACUACUUUAUAUCCCUCUGGAGGCGCGUUCACAGAGCUCGGAGAGAGAUUCGUGGACAAAGCCUUUGGAGUUGCUGUGGGAUGGAAUUAUUGGAUCAUCUGGGUUUGUGUGUUGGCUAACGAGUAUAACACCAUCAGCAGCAUUUUUACGUUUUGGGGUCCGCAAGUACCGCUUUGGGGCUACUUCCUGAUUUUCUGGUUUUUCUUUCUCGGCUUCCAAUUGCUUGGUGUCGAAGUCUUUGGAGAAGCCGAGUUUUGGCUUGCGGUGCUGAAGUUGGCUGGAUUGUUUGCGUUUUUUGUGUUUGCGAUUGUUUAUGCGAGUGGUGGGUUGGUGGGACAAGAUGAGCCACUGGGAUUCAGGUAUUAUCACAAUCCUGGAGCUUUUGUGGAUGGGUUCAGGGGUGUGGCUACGGUGUUUGUGUUUUGCAGCACUUUUUAUGCUGGGAUUGAGUCAGUGGCUGUUGCGGCGACUGAGACGAAGAAUCCGGGUGUUGCGGUGCCGCUGGCCAUUCGACAGGUCUUUGCUCGCAUUCUGUUUGUUUACAUGGGAUCGGCCUUUUUCUUCGGUCUGGUCUGUCCGGCUAAUGCAGACGGUCUUGCCAAUGGCAGCAGCAGAGCUCUGAAGUCCCCCAUGACAGUCGCGAUCCAAAAUGCAGGUUGGAACGGCGGCGUCCACCUCAUCAACGCCUUCAUCUUCGUCACUUGCCUCUCAGCCACAAACGCAUCCAUCUACAUCGGCUCACGAACGCUUCUCUUCAUGGCCAAAGACGGCAAAGCACCUCGUUUCCUGGGCUGGACGGACAAACGCGGUGUCCCCAUCGCCGCCAUCAUCUUCACAAACCUCUUUGGAGCCAUCUCCAUGAUGAACGUCAGCACUGGAGCUGGCAAAGCAUACAAUUACAUUGUUAAUCUCUCUGGCGUGUCCACCUUUUUGGUCUGGGGCAGUAUCAGUUUCAUCCACAUACGCUUCCGCUCAGCCUGGAAACGACAAGGAAGAUCUCCCUCUGAGCUUCCAUUCCAAUCGCUCUUCUAUCCCUGGAACGCCUACUUCGGCCUGUUCGCCAACAUUUUCCUUGCCCUCGUACAAGGAUGGGGCAACUUUGUGCCCUUCGACGCCGCGGGCUUUGUGGACGCGUAUAUUCUGAUACCGCUAUUUCCAGUCAUCUGGGUGGUGUAUAAGCUGUGGAACAAGACUAGGUGGCACGGAUUGGAGGAGAUCGAUUUGGAUGUAGGCAGGAGAGGGGAUGUUGAUGCUGCGAAACAGGCUACGAGACUUGUGCCUGAUGAAGCGUUGACGCCGAAGGCCAAGGAAGGGAGAUUGAGGAGUAUUUGGAAGAGUAUUUGA